CACACCCCCGUUAUCCUGAGGGGAGAUGCUCCAGGGCAGGGGUGCUCCUCCGUUCCUCUGGGUAGCAUCCUGACCCUUUGCCCUGGGCAGCCAUGGAGCUGGGCUCCUGCUUCAAGAACUACGAGGACUUCCGGGAGUGCUUCAGCACCUACAAGAAGGAGAACCGGCUCCAGUACGGCUUGAGGAGCUGCGUCUCCAUCCGCUUCCACAACCGCAAGAACGGGACCAACAUCCGCGAGGACGUCACGUUUAUGCAGGUGAAGUUUGGCUGCUCCCGGUCGAGAGACUCCGGCAAGAAGAGGAAGCAGCAGGCCAGCUUGUGCCCGGCGUAUUUCGUCCUGCAAUACAACGAGGAAAUCGACCGACUGGUGAUCAGCGAGCUGAAUGGCAACCACGUCCACACAGAGUCCAAGGCUUCCUUGGUCAGCUCCAAUGCCCCACCUGGGACCAGGAUGGCAACGAAGCUGCCUGGCCCCCCCAAAGCUCCCGGCAGCCCCCCAGCUAAGCUGCGCAGGGAGGAGCCAGCGGAGGUCGAAGCCUGUGAAAGGGACAGCGACGUGAGCGUGGAGGUCGAAGUGGACUCUGACGAGCCUUCGCUGCUCCCGCCCUCCCCUCGCAAGGAAGCCGAGGUUCCUCCUCAGGCGGGGGAAGAUGGCUCCUCCAGCUCUGCUUUCCUCCAAGUCGCCGAAGUGAUGAAAAACUUCCUGCGGGUGGACAUGGGCUCCUUGGCCUCCAUCAGCGUUGGCAGCGACCAGGACCUGGAGAGGCUGAACUUCCAGACCAGCAAGAUGAGGAGCCUCUUCGUCAAGUUCCCCGAGAGCCUUCUGCUGCACCGGGUCCAGAGCAAGAAGGGCCACAUCCUGUACGCUUUCCUCGUGGAGAGCAAGGAGAGGGUGGGGAAGUUGGUCCACCUUGCCAUCUUGAAGGAGGACACGCAGGAGAACACGCGGAAGAUGUUCUCCGUCUUCAAAGAGUUCAACCCCGAGUGGCAGAAGGUCAAGGUGGUCUUCAUGGACAUGUCCUUCCUCCACCGGGCCAGUUUGCAGGAGCUCUUCCCUUCGGCACAGGUCCUCCUCUCCGUCUACCACACCGUGCGGCUCCUGGAGAAAAAGCUGAAGGAGUCCCACGCUUCUUUCUCCUUCAAGUACAACUUCAAGCUGGCCCUGAAGGACGCCGUCUUCUCCACCUCCACCUCGAACCUGGACGCGUUGUCCCAGCAGGUGAGGCACGUGGUGGACCAGGACUUGUACAAGUACCUGCGGACUAACUGGUUCUCCUGCGAGAUGCUCUGGUACAUGCACGCCAAAAAGGGCCUCCAUUCCUGCAGCACCUACAUCGACAGCUUGGACUUUGUCGCUCAAAAGCUGUCCCAGCUUUUCGGCACCCAGCCGUCGCUGGAGACCAGCAUCCUUCGCUUCGUGGAGUACGCCGACAGCUUCAACACCAAAGGCCUGGAGAACCUGACCCAGGGCCUGGCGGAGGACAGCCGCAGCGGCCUCAUGCAGGAGCUGAAAGUCCUGGCCCGGCCCGCCGUGAGACGCAGCUCCAGUACCGCCUCGCAGCAGCAGCAGCAGCCAUUGCCCGGGAACGCAGCAGAAGAGCCUCCGAAGCAGUUCACCAAAUACAGCCCAGCCAAGCCUCUUGCCACCAUGCUGUCGGCCCUGCGGGACAGCUGCACGGACGUUGCCUACCAGCUGUGCCUGAACGAGUGGGACGUGGUGCAGAAGUCGGUCCAGCUCCUGAGCUGCGCCAGGUUCAAGACCACGGUGCAGCUGCUGGAAGACACCCACCAGGUCAGCAGGGACGGCAAGAGCUGCAGCUGCUACUUCCACUGCCGCUACCAGCUGCCCUGCCGGCACAUCUUGUCCAUGCUGCUGGCCAACGGGGAGGUGGUGGGGGAAGCCAUGGUGGGCAAGCGCUGGCAGAAGGAAUACCAGCACCUUUCCGUCUUGGGGGAGAACCUUCUCGAGUUUACAGAGCCCUCCGCAGGCCCGCUGGGGGCAGUGGGGGCGGCCUCAGGGGAGCGGGGGGACAAGAUCCAGUCUCUCAGCAAGGAACUUGGGAACCUCCUGCUGCAGAGCGAGGGGGAGGAGCUAGAGGAGCGCACCUCCACCCUGAAGAUGAUUGUCAACAUCUGGACUAAGUGUUGCGAGCUGCAGGGCGGGGAGGGGCCGGAGAAGAAGCCCCUCAACGUCCGGAACGUAGGAGACCUCCCCUUUCUCUGGGUGAAAAAGGAAGAGAUGGAAGAAGUUGAGGUGGCUUCAGGAAUGCCCAGCCCAGCCGCUGAAGACGUCCAGACUUCCCUGGCUUGAAAUCCACGCCAGCGUGGAGUCGUGAGCAACUGGUGGCAACCUUGACUGUGUUCCAAGCCCACUGUGGUUUUUCCUAGCUAAAGAAACUCAGGGUUGCUGUUCAGUUUUGCAGCAAGAAAGCAGACUUUCUUCUGGUCCUCCUUUGGUGGCUGCUCUUUAUGAGGACUUGGCGUGCAGGUGGUGGGCACAACCAUUUCUCCUGACCUGUAUGCUACAAAGGUCCCCCUUGACUGACUCUGACGCACACAUGCAUUCUCCAGGUUUUGCAGCCCAUGGCUGCAGGCUUGACAAUCAGGGAAGGUCUCCUUCCCACAGGGGGGCCUUCUCCAGGGCAUCUUCCUUGCCAAACCUUUGUCCGUCGCUCUUGACUCACACGUCUUGUUUCCUCUUCGCCGUCUCCCUUGUUUUUUCUUCUUCUUUAACGCAGGUCAUUUUAAGAGUUGGAAGGAAUCCCGGGGGCCAUCACCUCCUACCUCCUGCUAUGCAGGAAUCUCAGCUCCAGGGCAGAUGGCCGUCCAACCUCUGCUGAAGACCUCCGAGGAAGGAGAGCCCACCUUCCGGGGUAGUCGUGUUUGGCUGCUUCAACGUGACGUGACUCUCUGGGCCUGAUGCAUGCAAAGAAUUGCUGUCUUGGUUCUAGCUGUAUUUUUACUGUAAUGCUUCUGGGGUGGAGGCUGGGCCCCCCCGCCUGGCUUCAGCGGCAGGGAAAAGUGAUGCUGAGUUGUUGCUUUCUUUGGUGUCCUGAAGCCUCUCCCAGCAGGGACUAGUUUUGCUGCUAUGUACUUAGACCAAAUUUAUUGUUGGAAAUAAAAGUCUGACCGUCCUCCUUUGGUACCUGAACGUA